GCGGUCCGCCUUCCCCGUUGCCCUCACUCAACAUGUCCGCGCGAGGGAGGCGAAGGCCGCAGAAUCUCUCAGAGCCGAGGCCGCGUCGCUGGCGCAAAAUGGCCGCCGAGGGCAGGAGGUGGCGCUCUAGCGCGGCGCCUCUAUGGCAGGGAGCACGCUUGCGGCUGGAGCGGAGCGUCGCUGAGUCCGGGCCUGGAGGCGAGGCGGGCAAAGGGGCCAGGAGCGAGCAGGAAGGCGGCGGCGGCGGCCUCUGCAGGGAAACGGGUGCCGCUUCGGCCAGCUCUGGGGCUCCUCCUCCUCCUCCUCUCCUAACGUGCCCUCCCCCUCAGGCCCCCCUUCCUUCACGGCAGCCCCGUGGCUUCGCUCUCCUCCCUCUAUUUCGGGGUCCCCCUCACUGCCACUUCCUUCUCUUUCCUUUUCCCGUCAUUUAUAGAUUCUGUAUCCACCUUUGCUGAGAGGGCCUCAUCCUGUACAUACACGGGCCUUUCCCUCAGAGUUCUCUGAGGAAAUCCCUGUCGCCCUCAAGGCCCCUCUCCUUCCUGUCUGCUCACCCUGUGGCCCAUUUCUCCUGCACAUUCAAAUAGGCAGAGUUCUCUGAGGAGAUCCUCACAGUCCUCACUCCUCUGCCCCAUUCCCUCUUCUGCAGCAGGGGAUGCCCUUCCCCUGUGUUGUUAUUACUCCUGCUUUUUUCUACUCUCUGCCUUGACUCUCUGCAAAGUGACUCUAUUUCCUGGUGCUAGUUCUUGCCUCACCUGAAGCCCCCUCUCUGGCACUUUCCCUGCCUCUGGUGGACAAUUCUUCCUUCAGCUGAGUCUUGUUUUCCCCUCCACUCUCCCCUCCACUCCCUUGUAGGCGAACAGGUUUCAUUGCCUUCUUUCAUUGUUUCUCCUUCCCACUCUUUGCUGCAGGUCUAAUUGAGGUGUAACUCCUUCCUUUUGAUCUUGGUUUGGACAGCAAUAUCGAGAAAUAAGUUUCUCCUUUCCCCUUCUGCUAUCAGACUUUAUACCCAGCUUUUUUCCUCUUCCCCCUUUAUUAGUCCUUUUGAAGUAAACAGACUUCAUGUUCGCUUUUCCCAGAGGCAGCAUGUGAAGGGCUAAUUCUAAGAUGACUUUCAAUGCACUCAUUUUAACACCCGAUGUUUAAAAUAGUGUGUUUUGAUUGUUGCUGUGAACUGGGUUGCGAGAAGGAAAAGUCUUUUGGCAAGCGUCUCUGCUCCCGGUUUCCAUCUCUGAAAGGGUGGUAGUACUCUUAGGAGAGGCUAAAGAGGAGGAUGCCAAGGAAAUUGCUGUUGCCUUAUAGAUCUGUCUUUUCUCACUCUCGAGUCCCAAGGGGUUUGCAUGAUUCCUUGGCAAUGAAUGCGGCCAGAAGUGGCUACCGGGUCUUCUCGGCAAACUCCACGGCAGCCUGCACGGAGCUGGCAAAGAGGAUCACAGAGCGUCUUGGUGCUGAACUUGGAAAAUCUGUGGUAUAUCAAGAAACUAAUGGAGAAACAAGAGUUGAAAUAAAAGAAUCAGUCCGAGGCCAAGAUGUUUUCAUCAUUCAGACAAUUCCCAGAGAUGUGAACACUGCAGUGAUGGAACUGUUGAUUAUGGCGUAUGCGCUGAAGACAUCCUGUGCCAGAAAUAUCAUUGGGGUAAUUCCUUACUUCCCCUACAGCAAGCAAAGCAAAAUGAGGAAGAGAGGCUCAAUUGUAUGCAAACUCCUUGCUUCCAUGUUGGCCAAAGCAGGUUUAAGCCACAUCAUCACUAUGGAUCUUCAUCAGAAAGAAAUUCAGGGCUUUUUUAGUUUUCCUGUUGACAACUUGAGGGCAUCACCUUUCUUGCUACAGUAUAUACAAGAAGAGAUUCCCGAUUACAGAAAUGCAGUAAUUGUGGCCAAGAGUCCUGAUGCUGCUAAAAGGGCCCAGUCUUACGCUGAGCGGCUGCGGCUGGGACUGGCAGUCAUCCACGGGGAGGCGCAAUGCACGGAGCAAGACAUGGAUGAUGGGCGACACUCACCUCCAACAGUAAAAAACACAACAUUGCACACUGGUCUGGAGCUGCCCUUGAUGAUGGCCAAAGAGAAACCACCAAUAACAGUAGUUGGAGAUGUUGGAGGUAGAAUUGCCAUCAUUGUGGAUGACAUAAUUGAUGACGUGGAAAGCUUUGUGGCAGCUGCAGAAAUCCUGAAAGAGCGUGGUGCUUAUAAGAUCUUCAUCAUGGCCACUCACGGGCUCUUAUCUGCAGAUGCCCCACGUUUGAUUGAAGAGUCGUCCAUUGAUGAGGUGGUGGUAACCAAUACAGUUCCCCAUGAAGUCCAGAAACUGCAGUGUCCUAAGAUAAAGACUGUGGAUAUCAGUUUGAUUCUCUCCGAAGCUAUCCGUCGAAUCCACAAUGGAGAGUCCAUGGCUUACCUCUUCCGCAAUAUUACCAUGGAUGAUUAGUUUAUUUUUUGUCAUUCUACCAUCUAGUUUCCUCAAAUCGAAAAGAAAAAAAGGAAAUGUGCAUGAAGAAGCAGUGCCAUAGCAUAUUAUUAUUUGGGAUGGGGGGCAGUUUUAUUAUGGAUCUGGGUGUUUAGGGAAUGAUACCAUGAAAUCUGAGUAUCCAAAUUUCUCUGAUCCAGCUACCAGGGGGGUUGUUGGGUCAAAAUGCAAAUAGAUAUUAGAAUGUGUUUUAAAUUUGUCCGAAUGAUGAAAACGGUGGCCUUUUGAUCUUGUUAAACAAGCCAGUGUGUUUCAACAGAGUAACUUUGGUGGGGAUGAACUGAGAGGCAUACUGGGAUUUUGAAGCUGAAAUAAAUAGUUCUGGUAUGUAGGUUCUCAUGCUGUUUUGGAAGAAAGCGUGUCCUUUUCCUACGUUGCUGGCAUGUGCAAUGCCCUUCUGUAAUCUUGGGAGACAUUUGCAAUCUCAUAGGUGUUGAAAGCUUUCUUCUAUGAUUUCAUCUCCAUUUAGAGUAAUUUGAUGGCAGCCUUGUUAAUUUUGACAGGAAUGGUGUGUGAAAUGGUUCCAGAGUUGUAGCAGAAACUAGAAUAAAGCUACCUUUCCAUUUAUAGACCCAUAAAUUCCAAUCCUGCCUAUUAUAGAACUUUUCAGACUCUUACUACACUUUGUGAGGAAAGAUUAAGUAAAGCUAGUCUGUUGAGAUUUGCCUCUGCUGGCACUUUCUGUUCACCCAUGGCCCAAAAUCAAGGUAUGCAGUCCUGAAAGUGUGAACAAAUUCAUGGAGUACUUUCCUGUGUCUUCCACGUCUGUACUCCCUGUUGCAGAAUAGUUAAAUUAGCAAAAUGGUCCUUUGUGGAUCUUUGUGUCAGCAACACAUUACUAUCUCUUCUAUCAGUUACAAUUAAAGUGGAGCUUUCACUUGCUUGCCAGCCAUUGUAGUAUCUCUUAAUUAGUAUAUGAAGAUGGCAUGCAAAACUUUAUAUGGGAAGGUCCGUGCUAUGCUAUCUUGGAAGUGCUGGAAUUCUUUUUGUAUUUGCCUUUAGGACACUGUUGUUCUACUCUCAAAAUUCCUAUAGCCCUCCACCACAGCCUUGCUGUGUAUGCGAAAUUGCCCAUUACUCUCCAUAGACCUUGUUGUUACAUCAGUACCUCUUGGUCCGUUAUAUACAUAAAUAAGAUAAGACAUAUGAGAGCAAUGGUGUCACACGUUUCCCCCAAAUGACGAUAGAGCCCACAUUCUAAAAUGUGAGGGUAUUUUUAAAUGGUGACAAUAGAACAGUUCAGCCUAGUGUUUGUACCAACUACAUUUUGUUCAAAAUAAUUUAAAAUGCCAUUUUUAAAAAUAUGUGCCUGCUGACACAUUAAAGCUGCCCUUGUACUCUCUCAGUCGGCAAUGAGAUUGGGUAAAUUAAGCCUGCAGAAGUACCUGUUCCUGCUUGUCUCCCUCACUAGGGAAAGUCAGGGCUACCAUUGAGAGGGAAACAGCCUCCUCAAAGGAAGUCUCUUCAACACAAUCCAGCCCAACUUUGAUCAAAAUUCCCUUGGCCACAGUUUCUUCCUCAGUAUUCUGUGUCCAGACUCCCCUAUCUUUUCAACAAAUCAAUUGUCAGAAGAAUUAUAUCAGGACAGCUUCCCCAACCUUCUCAAUUUUGGUGGUGAAAUGAAAGAAGAAAAACGAUAUUUGGUGAAAUUUUGCCUUUUCCUGAGCAUAUGUCUUCUUAGAGCUCUUCAGAUCUCUUGUUUUGAUUAUUUUCUGCUUUCUUCUUGGCCUCUUCAGCAAUACAAUUUAUUUUGUUUUUCAAUCUACUUCUUUCCCUGCUCCCUGUAGCCUCAAUGCUCCAUAGCUGCCCUUUUAAAGUAAUUUAAAGUAUCUUCGGGAAUGACUGAAAUAGUGGGAAGGCACUAUUUUCAAGGGCUUGCUGUCACUGUGUGUGCUGCGUCAAAAGCACACAAGAUAUACAAUGCAUCUUGUUAACCUCUUCAUAAUUGCCAGUCAUUUGUACAGGUUCUUAUCACAGACUUUUACAUAGGACCUAUUCUUAAUAAACCAGAUUACGGUUAUUGCAGCUAGACAUCCUGAAAAGUUUUUUCUCUCUUGUGAUGAAGUGUUUUUGCCUUAAAUUCCAUGUCCCCAGUGCUCAGUAUUAGGCAGGUUAUAAAUAAAUGGCUUCAUUACCUCAUCACUAAUUGGCGUUUUGCAAUGUGAGUCAAUUACUGCCACAGACAGCAUUGAUAUGGAUUAUCUAAAGUGGUGUACAAUAUAGAUUACAAGAUCUUGAGAGCUCCCAAAUGCCCUCACUAAAAGAAAGCGGGAGGAGGGUUGGAGAGAGAUUCUAUGGUGGUAUAAAUAACCAAUUUCAAAAGUUUGUGAACGAGUAUGUAGCUAAGGAUUAUUAGUGAACUUAAUCUGAAUCAGCAGCCAUAAUCUAAGCAUUGCUAUGCUACCAGUUGUGGCAAUGGAUGCUGAACUGCAGCAACAUUACACCAGCUUUGUAGCCAUCUUGCGACAAACAGAUAGGGUUUAAGUGCCUUAAGUGUGGAAUUGCAAUUUUAAUCCACAUUUGUGAUUGUAAGAACUGAGCCAAGUAUGGUGUAACAUUCAGACUGAUUAGCAAGGAACAGCUUGUGAUACUGAUAUCUCCCAGACUGUCUCCUUCAGAUGCUAAGCUUUCAGAAACAUGCAUGGAGCUGUCAGUAAGGACCAUGCAGAAACAGAAAAUACUCAUUUGUCACUGUUACCAUGCAUCGUUCUUUCCCAUUAAAGUACAUUUAUAUGUAUUUCAUUCCGUAUUGAAAGGACAAACAAAAGUACUGCCAGUCCAGGGGAAGCAUUGACUGUUCAACAAGCGAAAUGUCCUUUGUUUAUUUAUGCCAAAAUACACACAAUACAACUUAACUACCUUUUCCCUCCUCAUAUUGACUGGCAUAGUUCUGUUAAAUCUUGACAGAAGGACAUUGUUCACUGUAGAGAUCCUAGUUUGCAAGUGUUUACCCCUUUAAGAAGGCAUUUAAUGUAAGCAAUAUGCAUAAGUUCACAGUGAUUUUACUGUAAAUACUGGACAUUACAGAAAAAAUUACCUUGCUUAAUCCAUCAGUCAUUUUUAUGAGCAUGGGUUCAGAUUUGAGCGUCUUUAAGUGCUAACAGAUUGUAACCAAAUGCUUAAACUAUGGAUGACAUUUGAGAACCUCUCCAAAACCUCUCAAGCCGUUAUCAAGUUUUGGAUAUUACUUGAUUGUUUUACAGAGAUCAAAACCAUAUAUGUAUGUUGAAGAGUACAAAUGUUCUACUAUGCAUCAUCCUACCACUUUUUUCUAACAAUAUUUUGAAAUUUACUCUUCCUUAUACAUAGUUUGGCAGGAAAAAUUGUUUGAGACUUAUGACUACAGCAAGUUAUGCUGGAAUAGAUGAAAGUGAUGGAAACAUUAAAUAAUGGAAUUGUGGUAUUGUAUUAUUUCCACUAAGGGGUUUUCUUCAUAGAAACCAGUAACUGCGAAUUCAUAGGCAUUCUUUCUUUUGAUAUUAUCAGCCUUAAUGUGGGGAAAGCAUCUCCAGUCCAUCACCCUGAAGUUCUUCUCUUAUCUCUAGUAACUGGCUGUGUUUUGAACUGUUUAUUUUUCCCAUUUCAGAGUUUUGGGGAGACACUGACUUUGCAUUUAAUAAUUAUCUGUGAAUAUUGCAAAACUCAUUCAGUCUUUGGCUUUUUAAAAUGACUCCAUUAUUUUUGGUAGCAACCUUAGUGUUUUUGACGAAUUUUAAAUAUGAGCAUAAAAAUGAUCUGUGACCUAUUUUAAGCAACAAUCAGUUCUGAAAUGGCAAGCCUUGAGUUAGGUAAAAAGGACUCUGCCAAUGUAAUAAUUAUGAUGUUUUGAAAUGGCAAAGAGCUUUUUAAUUUGCUAUUUAUGUAGUGUAUUCAAAUUCAUAACUGCUUUCCCAAUGUUUUUGGGUUUUUUGAAAUUUUAUUAACAGAAGCAUUUUCCUCUUCUCCAUCUCUUUUGUUCUGUUUAGUUAGACCUUGCCUUUUUAUCAAAAUAACAGGGUAAUGCCACAAACCACUUUAUGAGUGCAGCUGCUACAUCCCUUUCUAAGGUUAAUAGCCAUCCUCAUAAACUGGUUGUUGGGGAGGUAAUUUAUACUUUAAUUUGCUAGAGACUGAAACCACAGGAAAUGGGACCCAGGAUUCAGAAAGAGGUGGGCCAAACCACAGGACCACAUGCUGUUGAGGCAUGAUCAGGCAAAGCAAAUGAUCCUUUGCGAAUUUAUCUGUUGCUCCCUCAAGCCAUUAUCUGUUGACAACAGUGACAUUUUUGGUCUUGCUUUGUUUUGGCUAAUUACUGCUGAUUACUAUCCCAUUUCCACUUGAAAACAGUGAACUUUUCUCCAACCUGUAGCCUCCAAAUGGAAGAAAAAAAUCUGAACUGGUCUCAACAUAUCCUUCUGGAUUUUGCCACUUUCAUCAAAGAGGGCCUAGCCAAGUUCUCCUCUAGCCCUGGAAUCACAAAAUAUGGCACCAAAAACUUUUGAAGAAUUCUGUUAAAUGUUUAAAACCAAAACUAAAACUUUUCAUGAUAGCUGGAACUAUCCAUUCCACAGCAGCUUUCCGACAUAAUAGAGCAGGCACGGGCAAACUUUGUCCCUUCGGGUAUUUUGGACUUCAACUCCCACAAUUUCUGGCCUCAGGCCCCUUCUUUUUCCCCCUCAGCCAAAGGGCCAAAGUUUGCCCGUGCCUGUAAUAGAUAUUUCAGCAAGCAAUAGACCUCUAUUGUUAAGAAUAGUACUCCCUAAAUAGAAAUUACUGAGUUUAGAAAAUGCACUAACUUCACGAGGCAAGCACUCCCUUGAAGCAAGAUGUGUGCACUGUACAUAGCAAGUGAAUGCACAUUUGGAUCCAUCAAAAUCUCUGUAAAUUUUGCCAGCUUUGGGUUGUAUCCCUUCAUUGUCAGGCUCCCUCCCCACCCAAACAAUAAUGUAGAAAGGCCCUCAGUGCCCUUAAGAAAAACCAUUUAACCCAAAUCUUGACCAGCAGAACCUGGAUACCUCUUUACUGAACCAGAACAUAGUUUAAUCAGAGCAUAUAAAAUGAAAUGUGUUACUCUCCACAGUUUUGAGUUGUAAUACUGUCUCUGGACUGGACUGUCAAGACAUGUUUCCUUUGUGCACACCAUUAAGACUGCCUCCUUUUAUGAGUGGAUUUUGAAGACAAGAUAAUAUAUCGCAUUCAUCAUAAACCUGUAGUCGUCGACCUCUGUGAAGCUAUUUACAUCUCUUGAACCUUGCUGUUAACACAGUGGGCAGUAAGAAAAGCCUUCUGCCAUGUAUUUGGUUAGUUUUGAGCAUCCAAACCAAGGUGGACUGAAAGAAGCUCUUCUGUAUUUUCCAUUUGUCAACCUCACAUGUUAGUACCUGUUUGCAACUACUAUGCUGCUAAGAAUCUGAGGAUUAUAGAAUAACAAUCUGACUGCUAAUAAAGAUAUAUAUUGAUACUUUA